AUAAUAAAAUAAAAAUAAUUUGAAACAGUUCCUAUGUGUUUCCGCAAAAGUUCUAUGUACCUUGGAUUGUAUUUUAAAUAUAAAAGUAAGACAACAGGGGCCGGGAAAAAGAAAAAGCUAUGUUGGGGGGCUGGGAAAUUGGGCUCAUGUUUCACUUAGGCCUAUACUUGGUGGGCUCUUUACGUAGCCCUAAUCAAAAUUGGGCUUUAAACCCAAUGUGUAGUCAAUCUAAAGGAGAAUUCAUCAGCAGAAGAAUACCAGAAUCCCAAUCUAGGGUUUAAGCAAACCGCGAGAACCCGAUAACUCUUCGUCGAAGAAAUCACGUUUCCAGGAAUGUUUGUGCGUGAGCCUGACAAGGCUGCAGUGCUGAAGCAGCUAAAAUCUCAUGUCGCCAUGUUCUGUGCUUGGGUCGUGCAAUUCGAGUCACCCCUUACGUCUUCCACUAUCUCGUCGGCGAGAAGGACGAGCUCAAGCUAGAACUCUAGAUUCUGACCUCCAGGAAUGUCGAUGAUCCUUCUGCAUUCAAUCAAUAUAUUAAAGAAUAAAAAGCAAUUGGAACUAAAUUCAGGAUUCAGGAAUCUCCUUUCUCGUUCGAAUGGAAUUAAAGUCCAAGCAAACAACCAAACGCACUUGUCAUGGUAAUCCUGUUUCCAUUCCUUGAUCUAAUGUGUUUAUUUGACAUCAACCAAACGGGCGAUCAAAGACUUUGUGACCUCUCUAGUUGCAUCUCGGUUCAGAGGUAUCAACUGAGCCUAUGGCCUUAUGGUCUUUUACAAGAAGGCUUUCACUAAGGCACUUUCAACUUCUUCUUCCUCGCACACUUCACCCAUCAAAUCUCACAGUCACACCUCACUAUCUCUCUCAGGGUUUUCAGCAAACAGUUUCCCUACCGUCUCACUUCCUUAAACCUUCAUUCUCUUAUCACUCUCGACCUCUCAGCAAUCCCAUCGACUUCAAUGCUGAUAAGUUCCAUUUCCGUGGGGAUCCAAUUGACCCAGUUCUACAGCAGUUCCUUGAAUUGCUCAGAAAGGUCGAUUAUAGUUCAUCACAAGCAGAGGCCAUGGCCUUUCUGGAUGGAUCAGGUAUCAAAGCUAAUAGAAAUUUAAUUGGUUCGGCGAUUUGGGAACUGAGGGAAGAGUACGAUGCUGCUUUUUUAGCGUUUAAAUGGGGUAAGAAGUGGAAUUGCAAUGAUGAAAAUGUUUAUCAAUUGAUGAUAUGGGUCUUGGGCUAUCAUCGGAAGUUUUCUACUGCAUGGGGUUUGAUUCAAGAUAUGCAUCGGUCUUCUCUGUGUACUCGGCAGGCUAUGCUUAUUAUGAUUGAUAGAUAUGCAUUUGGAAAUGACUCAGCCAAGGCUAUUCAAACAUUCAACUUCAUGGAGAAGUUCAGAAUGACCCCUGAUAAUGAAGCAUUCCAUGCUUUUCUGCAUGCACUUUGUAAGCAUGGGCACAUUGAAGAGGCUGAAGAGUUUAUGCUUCUGAAUAAGAAGCUCUUCCCUCUUGAGACCGAGAGUUUUAACAUUAUUCUGAAUGGGUGGUGUAACAUUUCCGUAGAUAUACUUGAAGCGAAAAGAGUUUGGAGAGAAAUGUCGAACUAUUGUAUAACACCAGAUGCUACCUCAUAUAGCCACAUGAUUUCUUGCUUUUCAAAGACAGGAAAUCUUUUUGACUCGCUCAGACUUUAUGAUGGGAUGAAGAAAAGGGGUUGGGUCCCUGCGAUGGAGGUUUAUAAUUCUUUAGUUUAUGUUUUGACUCGUGAAAAUUGCUUGAAGGAAGCUCUGAAAAUGAUAGAUGAGAUGAAAGAAGGUGGCUUGCAGCCAGAUUCUGCCACCUUUAACUCAAUGUUACUCCCUCUUUGCAAAGCAAGAAAACUAGUACAUGCAAGACUGUUAUUAAAUACAAUGGUAGAGGAGAAUCUUAGACCGACGAUUGAAACCUUCCACGCAUUUCUUGAGGGAACAGAUUAUCAAGGGACAUUGGAAUUUCUUAUUAGGAUGCAAAGUGAUAGUUUAGGGCCUAAUGAGGACUCCUUUCUUUUAAUUCUUGAGAAAUUCUUUAAGUGGGAGCAACCUGUAAAUGCAUUAAAAAUUUGGCAGGAAAUGAAAACUUUUGAAGUACUGCCCAGCUGUAUGCACUACAGAAGAAUGGUUGAAGGGCUUGCGACUUGCGGGUGGCUAGUUAAGGCCCGGGAAUUUCACAAGGAGAUGAUAUCAAACGGAUUUUUGGAAGAUCCAAGGCUAAAGAAGCUCUUGCUGGAAGAAGUGUUUGAUAGUAGCGACAAAGGUAGACAGCAUGUUAAAGUGACCAAGAGCGGUAGAAGCAAAAGCAAGAUGAAACAAAAGUAUCCAUGAGAGGCUCAAGAAGGAACACAAUCUCACAAAAGCUGCCGAGGUUUAUCUUGCUAGCCAAUCUUCGACUGUAAUGAAUGCCAUAAGAUCAAGUGCCCAUAUUGGUCAAUAAUAUGGUGCUGCUGCUUUGCAACAGGUUCUCACUAUCGAGGUACAUCUGUAGCAGCGCAAUUUUUUGCCCCUUUAUAAUUGGGCAAUUCUUGCAUGCAUCAUGUCCAUGCAUCCAAUGGGUGAGAUUGUGUCUGCAGAUGAAGAGCUCACACCAAGACCCAGACGCAAUAAAUUUUCCCACCUGUCCCAAUCUUUGAUUAUUUUGGUUUCCAUAACAAGAGCAUAUUUACUGAAGACAUGGGAUAGAUUUUUUAAGAGAGGCUGCUGUUGUAUAUUUGGCAUCUUUCAAUUAUGGAUGAUAUGAAUAUAGAUCCGAUCUCAUCAGGACAUUCUCGUUAUGAAA